AUGACUUCAUUUGGUUGGAAGAGAAAAGUUGGUGAGAAGGUAGUACAGGAAGCUACAACAUCAUUCAGUAAAAAUUCUAAAGAUGAAGAAGAUUGUGAAGCUGAUGUUGAUUGGUUAAAUUUAUUACCUAAAAAUAAAUCUCUCAAGCUAGAGGACAAUAUUGGGAAAAGUAAAAGAUUAAAAAAAGAAGGGAUAAUUCUAGCUGAAGCAGAAAGAUUUUGGGAAGCUAUCACAAAAUGGGAUGAAGCUAUUGUUUUAACACCUACAGAUGCUACUUUAUAUGAAAUGAAGGCACAGGCUUUGAUCAAUUUAAAUGAAUUAUUCCCUGCAUUAACAGUAGCUAAUAAAGUGAUAGAGAUAGAUUCAUUAUGGUGGGUAGGAUAUCAGACAUUAGGUCGUGCUCAUUUAAAUAUGGGAGAGGUGAAAAUGGCAAUAAAAGAUUUUUCAAGAGCAAUUCAUAUGAAUCCAGGAGAGAAGGAACUGUGGGAAGAUGAUCUAAAUUGGGCACGUGAACUA